AUGUUUGAUUGUAAUUUAAAACCUUUGACCCUCAUUCUUUUUCUAACAUUCUCCUACCCAUCACUCAUCUCAACUGAACGCUACGGACAUCGUGCAGGUGACGUUAUACUGGGUGGCCUAUUUCCGGUACACGAAUACGGCAAUUCACGAGAAACGUGCGGAGCUAUAAGUGAAUUUCGCGGAAUUCAACGUUUAGAAGCAAUGUUAUUUGCCAUCGAACAGAUUAAUAACGAUAUACAUCUCUUGCCAGGUAUUACAUUAGGUGCAUUAAUCUUAGAUACAUGCUCAGAUGAUAACUAUGCGUUAGAGCAAUCAUUACGAUUCGUUCGCAGCCGUCUAGCAUCGGGUACAUGCACAUGUGUCAAUACAUCAACAUCGGACUCGUUUCAUAAUGACAAUGUGUUUGGUGUUGUGGGCGCAACACUAAGUUCAGUUAGUGUACAUGUUGCGAAUUUAUUACGUUUAUUUCAAUUACCACAGAUAUCUUAUGCAUCAACAACACCUAAGUUAAGCGAAGCAUCAUUCGAUUACUUUGCACGAACUGUCCCGUCCGAUUCAAAUCAGGCGCGUGCGAUUGUGGAUAUUCUUCGACAUUUAAAUUUUACUUAUGUAAAUACAAUUUAUUCGCAUGGUGAUUAUGGCGAAGGUGGCUUUCGAGAAUUUAAACGUUUACUAAAAGUGGCAACGGUCGACGAAGAUGAUAAUCAUCUUCACGUACAUAAGAAGAAGCAACGGCGAAUUUGCAUUGCCGAUGAGCAGCGUUUGAAACGCGAUGCAUCGAUUCAAGAAAUUCGGACUAUUUUACAAACAAUGAUCGACCGAGUGAAGUCCGAUGUUCAAGUACGCGUCUAUGUUUUAUUUGUCACGAAAGAAGACGCCAGAAAGUUAUUGCAAGCGGUGAAAUUGAUCAAUGUUACACAUCGACCUGUCCUCAUUGCCAGCGAUGCUUGGGGAAAAGAAUCAUCCGUUGUUAUACAUGGCGAAACGGAUGAGAUUGCUGUUGGAGCAUUGACAUUAGAAUUGAUAUCGAUGCAACCUGUCAACUAUGAUCGAUACUUUAAUGCACUUAAACCUGAUUUGACACAGAUAAGUGAUGGCGAAAAUGAAGACAAUCAAAAGCCGAAAACAAUUGCAUCGAGAAAUCCUUGGUUCAACGAAUUUUGGGAACUUCGGUUCGGUUGUAGUUUGAAAACUUCAAUCGAAUGUCGAAAUCAACGGUUGAACGAAACGAACUGGGAUAGUAAACUGCAAUUCAUUGUCGAUGCCACAUAUGUCUUUGCUCAAGCAUUACAUAUGUACUUUAACUGUUCAACAUCAUCCUGUACAAACGCAUCGUUAAACGGAAUCAAUGGAACGAAAUUAUUUCGACUAAUUCUCGAACAACCAUUUUCAAUGCCUGAUUUUCGACAAAUCCAGUUUAAUUCGGAACGCUUUGUUCCUGGACAUUAUCGGAUAUAUAAUUAUCGUCGUUCAAACGUCACAUCCGCUGAUACAAAUGUGUUACCAUACGAAUACGUAUCCGUAGGCGAAUGGAAAGUUGGCCGCAACGAACGUGGACAGUUAAAUUUAGAUAUAGGUGCCAUUGUUUGGCCCGGCUCGAGCGUUUAUAACACAUCUUCGUCGUCAAUAAUUCCGAUAUCACGAUGUUCUGAACCAUGUCGUGUCGGAGAAGUGAAACAGUUUCAAGGAGAUUCAUGCUGUUGGGUAUGUACGGCAUGUAAUGAAACAUCGAUUGUCACGGGCACCGAUGAAAACGAACGUUGCGAACCAUGUCAGGAUAAAUAUUGGCCAACGGCAAACCGAACAUCAUGCUACCAACUCGAAGAAACCUAUAUUGAAAUUCUUUCUAUGCAAGCACUUCUUCCCAUUGGCUUAUCACUCGCCGGAAAUAUUCUCACUCUAUUUGUAGUCAUCCUAUUUUAUCAAAAACGAGAAACACCAAUUGUGAAAGCCAGCGGAAAGGAACUUUGCUUCAUUAUGUUAGGUGGUAUUCAUCUCUGCUAUACAAUGACAUUUCCAUUUCUACUCAAACCGCACAUAAUUACCUGUAUUAUACAACGAUUAGGCAUCGGUCUAGGAUUUUCUAUGAUGUAUGCUGCAUUGUUAACGAAAACGAAUCGUAUCGCAAGAAUAUUUACUAGUGCGAAGAAACAAGGUCGAUUACGUCCUCAAUAUAUUUCGCCGAACUCUCAAGUUGCUAUUUGUUCAUGCUUGAUUACCGUUCAGCUAUUACUUUCUCUUCUCUGGUUAGCGUAUGAACAUCCAUAUGUUGAAUCCAUCACUCACAAUCGAUUCAUUAUACUCAAAUGUCACAUGAAUAAACAUUCAUUUCUAUUUUCAUUAACUUAUAACGUUCUUCUGGUACUUAUAUGUACUAUGUAUGCAAUACGUACUCGAAAAGUGCCAGAAAAUUUCAACGAAACGAAAUUUAUUGGCUUCACAUGCUAUACAACAUGCAUAAUAUGGUUAGCAUUCCUUCCAAUCUACUUCACAGCAGAUGAGACGAGUCGUCAUCAAGUGCACAUCACAACUCUUUGUGUAACCAUAUCACUAUGCGCAACAGUGGCAUUGUUCUGCCUAUUCUCACCCAAAGUUUACAUCAUUCUUAUUCAUCCCGAGAAAAACAUGCGUUUAACGAAUCAAUUAAAAGCCCAAGUUAAUAGUUUUAAAUUCACCUCUCAUAUACCAAUGUCUACAAAUUUCCCUGUCCAGGAAGCAAUAAUCGACGAUGGCGCAUCGAAAUCAGUCGUCAACAAUGAUACUGAAGAUGUAGUACAACCCUUCAUUGUCAACAAAAGCGUGUCAUUUCAAUUAGGACAAAACAAUGUUAAACCGAAAGCGAAACUACCAUCUGUUAGUUCUACGCGUGAUAAUAGUAAUUGCCGGUCGAGUAAUGACAAACAAAAGUCAAGUUUUAAAAAAUAUGCGUUCGAUGAUGAAGAUAGUUUAAAUUCCAAUUCGAAUCAAGGUGAAGACAUAAUGCUCUAG